UGUCCUUCCUGCGUUCAUUGUUCUCAAAGCGACACUACCUGCGCACGAGCAUGUCUGGAAUCUGCCGACCACGUCUUGCUGAGGAGAGGAAGCAGUGGAGAAAGGAUCACCCCUUUGGAUUCUAUGCGAAGCCAACCAAGGCAGCGGAUGGGUCAAUGAACUUGAUGGAGUGGGAGGUUGGCAUACCAGGCAAACAGGGUACUUCAUGGGAGGGUGGCUUGUACAAGCUCAUGAUGAUAUUCCCCGAAGAUUACCCCUCAAAGCCACCGAAAUGCAAAUUCACGCCCCCACUUUUCCACCCAAACGUCUACCCAUCUGGCACGGUCUGCUUGUCCAUUCUUGACGAGGAGAAAUCAUGGAAGCCUGCAAUCACCAUCAAACAGAUCUUAUUGGGUAUCCAGGAUCUGCUUGACGACCCGAACGUCAAUGACCCAGCGCAAAGCGAUGCUUACACGAUGUUCAAGAACGACAAGAUCGCAUACGACAAACGAAUCAAGCAGCAAGCACGCGAGAACGUACCCAAGUAACCCACCGGGUGUGGGUAUCUCGUCGUACAUCUUGCGUUGUCCUUGGAGGGACUAUGGGACAGCGAUUAGCCCUUGGUAAUGUACCUAUUUACUGCCCUACCUAUAUACUACACUCCUCCAUAUACAUCUGUAUUUUGCAUUCC